AUGAAUUCAAAAAUUAAAGGAAUAACGGAUGAUAUAACAUCAAUUCCACCAGAAGAACAGAGAUAUUACGCAUUAAAUGCAUUUCCUAAAGUUUUGAAGAUUGGAAGAUUUAAUUUAAAUGAGGAAUUCAUAGAAGGUUUCCUAAAUGACAUAAUGAAGAAGGCGGAUAAGGAAUACGUGGAUAGUGAGUUAAUGAAGAAGGCAAAUUUGGUUUAUGUUGAUGAAAAAGAUAAUGAAAUUAAAGAAAAGGUUGAAUGGUAUCAUGAAUGGGCAUUGGAGACUUUUAAAGUUAAAGCUGAUACAGGAUGGGUUUCAGGAUGUUUAGACCUUAAAGCAGAUAAAACUUAUGUUGAUGAAAAAGAUAAUGAAAUUAAAGAAAAGGUUGAAUGGUAUCAUGAAUGGGCAUUGGAGACUUUUAAAGUUAAAGCUGAUACAGGAUGGGUUUCAGGAUGUUUAGACCUUAAAGCGGAUAAAACUUAUGUUAACGACGAGUUAAUGAAGAAAGCAGAUAAGGAAUACGUUAAUACUGAGUUAAAUAAGAAGGCAGAUAAGGAAAAAGUUAUUUCAUUCAUUAAUACUGAGUUAGCAAAGAAAGCUGAUAUAUCAUUUGUUAAUGAAGAAAUAAAACAAUCAGAGGUCUAUUUUACUCCACCAUUUUUAAAUUUUAUGAAAUCAUCAGAUAAAACCUUUGAUAUAGAUUCUUUUGAAUGGAUAUGUUUCGAUGGAGUGACCAUGUAUUUAUUUUAUACAGCUGGGGUGCUUUAUUAUUUUAAAACAAAUGAUUUUAAAAACUAUGAAUCAUUUACUCCAUCUGUUUGGAAUCCUGAUACACGAAAGCCAAUCAUUAAUCCAAGAAUUUUAUAUGUUGAAUAUAAUAAUGGUAAAUUUAUUGGAAUGAUAAUGGUUGGAGAUGAUUUUUGCCCUUGUUAUUCAUUCGAUUGUAUCCAAUGGUUCAAAUGUAAUUUAAAUCAAGAUGCUAAAUUUAAAUAUCCAAAUAAUCCUAUUAGAUGCGUUAAUAAUAAAUGGGUACUAAUUUAUGAAGUCAAUCAAAUUUUCAUUAGUGAGGAUGGGAUAA